CCACCUUCCCCCCCCCCAACCGGUGUAUGUUUGGCGAAGCAAGAGGAUUGACAAUCUGGUCCUUCAAAGUUUCCUGCCUCAGAUUUGCCCGGAAUAUGUCUCUGACCAACACAAAGACCGGCUUUUCUGUAAAGGACAUCUUGGACUUGCCUGACACCAAUGACGAAGACGGAUCCAUCGCGGAAGGGGGCGACGAAGAGGCGGAGGGGCCGGAACCCCCCAAAAAGCCCGGGGUUUUGGGGACAACCUCCUUGGACUCUGUUCAGACGCUACCUCUGAAGAACCCCUUUUACGACAAUACCGAUAAUCCCUACACGCGUUGGCUCGCCACCACCGAGAGCAUCCAGUAUUCCUUGCACGGCUUGGCAUCCAGCAACUCCCAACAGGACUCGGCGUCCAAAUCUCCGGAGCCUUCGGCGGACGAGUCUCCGGACAACGACAAGGAAACUUCGAGCAACGGCGACUCCGGCAAGAAACGGAAAAGGCGGGUGCUUUUCUCCAAGGCGCAGACUUACGAGCUGGAGAGGCGCUUCAGGCAGCAGCGGUACCUGUCGGCGCCCGAGAGGGAGCACCUGGCCAGCCUGAUCCGCCUCACCCCGACGCAGGUGAAGAUCUGGUUCCAGAACCACCGCUACAAGAUGAAGCGGGCCCGGGCCGAGAAAGUUUUCAGAUGGAGCACGGUCCAAGUAUUGGAAGAAAUGCAUUCUCUGGCUUCCUCCUCCAGCAGUGACAAAGAUUGGCUGCCAAUAAAAGUCUUUCCCAAUCUGAUUUCUCUACCCUGCAGUAUCACAGAACACACACUUGGUUUUUUAAAUUUGUGGUCUUUGUCUUUUAUUGUCUAAAUACUUGACAAUUCUGUAUGUUCAUUUUGUUCAAAGAAAAAAAGCCAAAACAAUUUAUUGUAAAAAAGUCUAAUGCCCUUUUCUUGUAGAGCAAUGCCUUAGCGGCGAGUAAUGCAUUCCUGUGAUUUGCUCCUUCCUCUGCAGAAAUUGUGUCCUACUGAAGGUUAAGGAUACUCAUCUGAAAACUCAUCUGUCAUACAGAGAGGUGUUUAUUUGAAAUGUUGCAUAAUGUGACUGUAUCACAAAUUCCUAGUAAAUGAAUUGUUACAUGGCAAUCAUCAAAUCAGGUCCCUAGAAUAAAGUCUCUCACUGAGAAGACAAAAAAAUAU